AUUAUUAUUAUUACUCGCUUUGAUAUUGUCACAGACUUAAAAAAACAAUUGAGAUAACUGCAGCCCAUGUUUAUGUUAAGUUUUCAUCAUUAUUGAAGAUAACAUUAUCAGUGCAAAAACCAUUCUCGAAUGAAUUAUUGAAAAUGACUAAAUGAGUCACCGUUCGAUAAUCACGGUAGUGUUUAUUACGUUCCAUGUCAUCCCCCAGAAACCCCAAACACCAGCAAGAAGGCGUCGUGAAAAGCCUCCGCGAUCUUUUUGGUAACAUUUUCCACAUCGAUAUCAUCCGUUCAGUCGCACACCAAUGCAAUUUCGACAUCGUAAGAUCCUCCGACGUCCUCAUCGAAAUGUCCAACAACAUUGCCGACCAACCCUCGAAAAAAAAACAACCGAAAAACUCCCCGAAAAAAACCGACCCGCCCCGAGUGAUCAAAUCAAAAAAAUCGCAAGAAUUGGAACGUGUGAUUAACAAUAUCAGACAAGGCUACAAGGUUUUGGUGAUUUUGAGGGGUUUACCGGGGAGUGGCAAGUCCCAACUAGCCGUUGGUAUCACUGACGUCACUCUGGGCCCGGGGAAUAACAGCCCACAUAUCCUAAGCACUGACGAUUAUUUUAUCCAAAACGGGAGAUACGUUUUUGACCCAAACAGGCUCCAGGAAGCCCACGAGUGGAACCAUCGCAGGGCCUUCCAGGCCAUGAGUCGGGGGCUAAGCCCCGUUAUAAUCGACAACACCAACACACAAAUGUGGGAAAUGAAGCCCUACGCCAUGAUGGCCACUGAUUACGGCUACUUGAUUGAAAUUCUCGAACCUGACACGUGGUGGUGCUUCAACGACAAGGAACUAGCGCGGAGAAACAGUCACGGGGUUCCCCGAAACAAAAUCAAGGACAUGUUGGACCGAUACGACAAAAACAUAACCACGCAAAAAUUACUAUGCGCCUAUAGUCUCACUUACAAGUUCCAAAAACCGCCCCAAUUCCGCCUAAUCCCCCCAAUUGUACGACAAAAUGGCUACCGCAUUCAAAAUGGCGUCACGAAAUCGCGAAGCACGCCGAUCUUCGAUCGGCAAAAGUCGAUCGAAAACGGCGUCGAGGCGAUCAAUUUGAUGGAUUUUAACGACGUUUCGAACGAAACUGAGCAGAAUCAGGCCGGCACGUGGGACCUCAACCCCGUCGACGCCAUCUUGAUGUGCACCGAAGAGAACCAAACCGACGUCUUACAACCAAAACCCAUCACUAGCAUUGAAAACGCCUGGGGUAUUGACGAAAAAGCGCUCUAUUCCUGGGACAUUGUCACUCCACUCGCCGAAGUUGGCACCCCUGUCGACGCCACAAUUCAACCCCAAGUCCCAAAACCCGAAACACGUGACGCUUGCACGUGUUACCAGGCCAACGAUUGGCUGAACGUUGCUCACAAAACAGUGGCGGCGCGUAACCGCGACAUUAAUGUUGGCACACCUGUGCGGGUUUUACCGCCACCCAAAAAAACAAUGCUUGAUAAGAGCUGCAUCACGGACGACGUGAUGGACGAGGAGGUGAGCGAAGAGGAGCGAAUUAAAGACUUGAUGGAUUUGUUCCCAAAACUACCGAAAUCGUCGCUUUGUGAACUGUUUAAUAAAUGUCACAAGAACUUUCACUGGACUGUUGAUCUUCUCCUCGAAGACAGUAACCUUGAAAUGGCCGAAACCGAUGACGUCACCACGCCCAAAGUGAAACUCUUCAAACGCAAAACCAUAUCGGGGGAUUCCCUCGAACUCAAGAAAUGUCUCGAGGGAAAAUUCGACAUAAACCGCGAGUUCUACUCCGACCAUGUCUACAAAGUCAAGCAGUUUAAAUUCGGGUCGCUUGACCCCCCCCUCCCCCAACCCUCCACCUCCACUUCGGACUCGGAUUCCGACGCCGACCUCGAUCCGAAAAGCAUGAUCGAGUUGAAUUUGGGCGCGACUUUCGUCGCCCAAUUGGAGAGCUUGUUUGGUGGCGACGACGGUGCGUUCCCGCAGGGCUACCAACCCGUGGUGCAAAUGCCCCUAAACCUGGCGCGCCAAAUUUACAGCUUCUACAUCGAGUCAGUGUGCCAGCAAAUGGACGCUCAGACGCACAUUCUCGACCGUUUGGUCAAAGAAGACGAAGAGUUGGCGCGCAAGCUGCAAAAGCAGGAGGAAAGUCGCCUGGUGCCCCAACGUGAGCCCAACUUCACCGAGAUAAUGGACGAGCAAGUCGCCUUGAGUUUGCACCAACGAGCCGUAGACGAGUGGAAGAACAUGACGGCGGACAACUUGGCCGCCAAGUUGACCAAACAGAAGUUAUUUGCCGCGUUCCCGAACAUAGAUCAGAACGCGUUGCUGGAAAUAUGGCACGCUUAUGACUACGAUUAUAAUAAAACAGUCGAGGAUUUGAUCGCAAACGUGGGCGGGUCACUAGAUGACCAAAUCAAGGAGCCGCCAUUGAGUGCCACAACGUUGCAGGAAAUGAAGCAGGCUGAGGAGAAUUUUGACGAUUUUGAGCAAAAUGAAGAACAAAAACCUGCGACUUACUACCGGGAGGAAGCAAACAAACAUUUGAAACGACGGGUCGAACUCUACGAGAGAGCUAAACUGUACUUCCAGAAGGGCAUGUUUGAAGUUGCAACGUUCUAUUCCGAGUUGGCUAAGAAAGAGACAAAGUUGUACGACAAGGCCAAUCACGUGGCAGCCGCGGCUUUCGCCGAUGAACAUUCGAAAAGACUGCAAAAGUUUGAUACUCUCGACUUGCACUAUUUCUACGUCAAGGAGGCUAUUCCCAACUUGGAUAUUUUUAUCGACCGUAACAUAAACCUGCUCAAAGGGGGGGCUAAAAACGGUAUCGACUUGUUCGUUAUCACAGGCAGGGGGAAAAAUAGUGAAGGGGGGAGGUGCAAAAUCAAACCGGCGGUUAUAACCCGGUUGAAGAAACGCAAUAUUGGGUUCGUUCAAAUGAAUCCGGGACUUUUGAAAAUAAGGGUCAUGCGAAAUUCGCUAAUGACUAGUGAUUUGCCAUAGUGAUAAAUUUAAGUUGGUUGCAGUGUAACCAAGCUAUGACCCGAUCAAGGGUUUGAGAGUACAAAUUGCUUUGGGACGUUAGCAUUUUGGUUUUAUUUUUUCAGGCGUUGGUACCGCCGAUAUUUAACAUGUUACUGUUUUUGGUUGGAAUAAAUUUCGCAUUGUGACUAAUUUUAAAACAUUUUUAUUGUUAUUAUGACUACAAAUAUGAGUACCACUAUUAUUGUUAUGAAUGCACAUCAUUUUUAUACAGUUCCAAAAUAUAUAUUUUACUAAUUAA